CUGGAGGACUUUUGAUCCCUUGCUUUUGUCUUCCUAGGAAUGCUUCUUUUAGCGUACUACAAUACCGAAGAGGGUGCCUGGUCCUCCACGCUAGCAGGGAGCUACUGCAGCUAAAGGGUUCCAGAUCUGGACUGGAGCUCUAUCUUACAAUAGACGCGGACGCAGGGACCGUCCGGAUUUUUCCCUGGUAGCCGUGCUAUGGUUAGAAAAAGUUGCGAGCUCUUUGCUCGUGCUUCGGCUUUCCACGUUGAUGAUCUCGGGUUCAAAACUUUGUUUUCUCAAAAAAAGCUGCUAAGAAAGAAAAGCUGGAUAAUUAUUCAAGGUCUUUGCCCACCAACCCUCAUUGCAUUUUCCAGGUUUGGGAAAUAAUAGACCUAGAUUUUUAUUAUUAUUUGUUAUUUGUCAAUUAGAUUGCAAUUAGAAUAUAGGAUACUAGUAAAGUGUCACACAGUCCAAAUAUUUCUGCCACCGUAAGAUGCCUUCAGCACCGCAGCCUCCAGAUGUACAACAUGAAGCACCCAAAAAGAAAGAUUAUCGAAUUCCGGGACUCCGAGGUGCCCAAACAACUACUUUGUUCCGUGCUGUGAAUCCAGAACUUUUCAUUAAACCUAACAAAGCAGUUAUGGCUUUUGGCCUUGUGACAGUUACUCUUUGUGUAGCUUAUAUUGGGUACUUGCACGCACAACAAGAAAACAAAAAGGAUCUCUAUGAAGCUAUUGACAGUGAAGGAAACAGACUUAUGAAGCGCAAGACUUCAAAAUGGGACUAAAAAAAACCCUGAUUGUCAGUGUUGAUUUAAAUAUCAACAUGGAAGAAGACAUUUGAUUUUCUGUAUGGCGACUUUCAGAAUUUUGUCUGAAGCAUUAGCAUUUAUUAUUAUACAACAAAUGCUUUUAAAAAAAUAUUACAAUUUAACCAUCGUUAAAUUGAAAUGCUGUUAUCGAUUAAUAUUUUGAAUAAAGCACAUAAGAAAAUGGGUACAUAGAAUAUGUGCAACUUAUUUCUUAUCUAUACUGUGCCCUAGAUGCUUUAGAAUUCUUGCCAGAACUGCACUGUCUGAUUUUAAAGUUUAUUAUUAAGCAUCAGUGUUUUAGUAAGUCACUCAAAAAACAUUUCUAAAAUGUGUCUUUUGUACAGUCAUCCAUCUCUGCAAAUUUUUAAUAUAUCAAAUAUUAAAUAAGGGAAAACUGUGCCAUAGUCUCUUCCAAAGUAAUUUAUUUAUGAUUUAGUGUAUUGAAUGAUUGAUGGAUUGAUAUUUUUCACUCAAGGCAAUAAAACUAAUCUGAUAAAAUA